UACUUUAUAAAGACGUCAAUUUACUAAUCGUAAAAGAAAGUGAGCCCUUCUGAGAAAGCUUUUAUUUUCGACAAACGCCAUUUUCAUCGCUCAUAUUCGUGACGUCGAGAAUUUCAUUUUGCAGGAGUGCAAUAGGUGCAAUUCGCGUUAGCACCGCCCUUGGCGCUUCUCCGCCAAUCGCGCGGCUCGGUGCUAUGGCAACCGGGUUCGCGACUAGAUUCGCGCGUAUUACCACCGCAGACGUUGCUCGACUGUGCAGCGCGACGGUUGUUCAUCGUUGUUGAGCGCCGUCGCGAUUGACGCAGUACUCCCGCGCCUCGCGAACCGUGCUGAUUGUGCGUGAUCUUUUCUUUCUGUUCUGUACCGCGCGUUGCCGCGCAAAUCGGUGAAACACGGAAGCACCUCCGAUCCCGAGGACGACGACGGAGACCGACGGCGACCGCGGCGGCUCCCGCCCGUGGAGAAAUUUCAUUCCGUUCGCAAGUCGGGUCGCGCUCCCGCGGCCCACAGCAUCGGCAGAGGUGGCGUGGGGCACAGCCGUAAUGGAAUUGCAGAGCUGGUUGCUCUAUCAUUUAGUGGCUGUCACCGACUGCAAUCAAGUGAUGCAGUCGGCAAACACAAUCGGAAGUGGCGGCGGAGGCGGAGGUGGAGGCGGCGGAUCGUAUUCCGCCGGUGGCGGGACCGGAAGUCGCACCCGCGAUUUAGGGCUACGCGCCCAGAAGAAGCUUCUCGGCCGCAUAAUGUCCACUAAUGCAGGUCGAUCGCUCUUCAUUGACGACGCUACGACGUCGUUGCUUGAUAAUCUGUACAAACUGAUGGAAAGCGUCGCCAAGAGCAACCCACACUUGGACAAGAAGGAGCCCGAGAAGGUUCUCAAGAACAUCGUCAAAUUGUCUAUUAAGAUUGGACUCGUGCAGCGCAGUCAUCAGUUCCGUUCGAACGACGCCGAGAAGCUGGAAGAGAUCCGAGAAGCUCUGGGGACAGUGGUGAUGACUGUCGUAUCAUUCUACGAGGUGGAUUAUAGUUACGACCAGGAGUACCUGACAGGUUCAAUGGAACGUUGCCGAACGUUGCUCCAGCAGUUGAUAAAGCCACAUCUCACGGACAAGUCGUCACAACGUUGCGACCAGGUGUUCGACUUCCUGGCGUACCCUAAAUUUUUGGAUUCGGUGUUCCGAUACGACUCUGAACAUAGACCCAUUCUCGGCAUGCUAGUCAGUGACCUCAACAAGGCGUUGGAUGCUAGGCGGCUUUGAUUCUAUAAGAAUGAUAUUCACAUAAUGUUAAUAAGAACGAAUCGAUGGCCAACAACACGGUUCGAUUGCCGGGAAGAUGUCCGUCUCUCUCGACAACGGCGGUCUCGCGAUCGUGAUCGAUGAUGAGUCGAUCGACGAACAGCGGACGAUCCGUUGGACACGCGCGCUUCGUUGCACUUUAUUUCACGGCGAAUAGACAACAUGCUGCAUACUUUUUCAGUGUGACGACAGUAUAGUUUCUCAUAGCGAUAGAUAAAAAAAACUGCGUUUCUUGCUCGCGAUCACCCCCACCCAGUAGCCGGGUCGGGAUACCCAGUGCGAACCACUCGCUCAUUGAUUUAUGCAAUAAUUGUUUAAUACUCCGUUUAUUUUAAGGACACACUUCACCUGCGUUAUGCAAUUGGUGUGUUAUAUACAUAUAUUUACGUGCAGGAUACCAAUUGUCAAUCCAUACCAAAAAGGAGUAUAAUAAGCUUAUCAAGAAAGAUGAUAGAAAAGAUGAAAUAUUGAUCUUAAAAUUAUUGCAUAUUUUUUAAACUGCAU